CGUUGUGUAGAGAGAAUGGAUUGCUGCAUUUGCAAACCGACUCUUUAUUUUCACCACACGAAUAUAAAAAAUCAAAUCUGCAUAGACUGCUUCGAAGGGGCGAAAAGAAUAAUCAUGUUCGUCCACAAAGCUGAAACUGAUAAAUCCUUUGAUUUUUAUCCAUCAAAUUACAAUAAGGGAUUUGUAAAGGCCUUGAAAUGGAUGGCGGAUACGAAGAUGGAAAAUGAUCAGAGGAAGAAUUCAAGUGGCUUUGCCACCGCUUUGAGGGAUCAAAUCCACACUGAUAUUCAAGUCAUGGCCGGUGACAACGAGUCCCCGAUACCCGCUCAUAGAGUAAUACUGGCAAUGAGAUCGACAAUAUUUCGAAACAUGCUAGAUUCGGACCAAUGCAAAGCUCCGGCAAAUAAAACGAUAACGCUACCGGAGCUGUCUCACGAGGAACUAGACGCCCUACUCGAGUUCUUGUACAGUGGAAGCCUUCCAAAAGAGAAGAUGGAGAAACACAUUUGCUCGUUGGCGAUCGCUGCAGACAAAUACGAGAUCCCUUUGCUGCAGAAGUUUUGCGAAAAUGAGAUGCUUGGAUCACUGAAAUCAUCCAACGCGCUUGAUAUCUUGGAAAUAGCUGACGCUUGCUCCAACCAAAACCUUAAAGAAACAACCAUAAGCUUCAUUGCAAGAAACAUGGAAGAUGUAGUUUUCUCCUCCCGCUUUGAGGACUUCGUGCUCAAGAAUCCUCAUCUAAGUUUACAAAUCACAAGGGCAUCUGUCACGAAUAAUAAAAAAUGAAAUAUUGGUAGUUCUUACAAGGUGGA